UUUGUAUCGAACCAAAUAAUAUGUUUUAUCUUCCUCAGGAUUGCGUUAUGCCUCUCAGUUGUUGUUGUCACUCACUACAACCCUGCCAACACACAACCCACAACAGUCCCAACCGCCACGCCCUCUGCAGCUACUCCUACAGUCACGCUUCGGGUUGGCAGUGAUGGUGAGGCCAGCGAUGAUAGUGUAGGUGAGGCCUUUCGUGAUGGUGAUCAUGAUGGCACUGGCGAUGAUAGUGUAGGUGAUGAUGAUGAUGGUACUGGCGAUGAUUAUGAUGAUGGUGUUAUUGACAGUGCGGGUAUGGUAUACACGCUCAUUGAUGAAAGUUUAUUUGAAGACGAUAACAAUGAUGAUGAUUACUUCGGCGAUGAAUAUUACGACGACUAUGACGAUUUAUAUUUCGACGACGAGCAUGAAGGUCAAGGCCAUGAUGACGACUCUCUCGACGACGAGGAGCCGCUUAGAACGCCCCUUAACUACACGCUCCCCGACGACCCUUACACCAUCAAUAUGCCCAAGGAGAUAGUCAUGUCAGAUGAGGAGAUCAAGGAACUUAUUGAGAAAAGUAGUCCUUCCAUAGACGGAGCUGGUGAUUAUGGUGAUUAUUUUGAUUACGAUGAUUAUUCUGAUUAUGAGGAUUAUUCUGAUUACGAUGAGGAUGAUUUUGAAGACGAGGAGGGCGAGGAGGAUGAGGCAAAAGACGAAGAGGGAAAUAGCGAUAGCGAGGCGAAGGGAGUGGAAAACGAAGUGACGAGGGUGGAAGGAGAAGAACAGCAAGCAGAAGAAGGAAAAGAAGAAGCCAACGAAGAGAACACGGACGACCACUUUCUCAGUUUCCAAGACUAUAACGUCACUUUCCACAAGAACAAUAUCACCUUUUCAGACUAUAUCAGCCUCUACAAUAUCAGCUUGGAGGACUACAACAUAAGCUUUGAGGAAUAUAACAUCAGCUCAGAUGGCUACCCCUUCGCCGACUACAACGUGACGCUCGUAGACUACGGCUCUGAUCUCGAGGACUAUCCUGUCUUCAACGUUACCCUCGAGGACUUCAACGCGACCUACGAGGAGUACGAGAACGGGACGAUCUUCGACGUCACCUUUGUCUCCAACGAAGUGCUUGACAACAUCACGAAGGACCACAGUGUAACAGACGGCGACGACGAGGGCGACGGUGACGGAGUCGAGGGGGAGAUGAUUUCCACCCCCGACAGCAGCGACGACGCUGGACGCCCGACGACGGAGUCCCCUCAGCCCUCCGCAGAGGUCGAACAUCUCAGAAGUGAGAGAGAAGUUGCCAUGGGCGCCUGGCCGCUCACCUCGGACGAGUACGAGCGGGUCUACGACACUCUUAUCGCCUCCGGACUGCUAAGCAGAGAGGAGGAGGAAGAGGUAAGGGCCCUGGAGCGAAUGCGGCGGUCGCUCGAGUCCCUUGGAGGCGUGGACGCCCUCAAGGGGAAUGAACUGACGCACCACAUAGCAAAGCGACAGCUGAAUGGAAGCGAGGCCUGCGGCACCUUCAGCAGGCGUCGCAAAAGGGAGGCAGACGAGCCGCCCUCCUCCUUCCCUGCCUCUCCUUCCUCCUCCAGGAAGAGGCGCGGUAUCUCUAAUGUCGGCAAGCGACUGGAACAGGACAACGCGAGUUUUAAGCAGCUCUAUAACCAGUACAAGAUUAUGUGCCGGUUCGUAGCCAUGAUGAUCUUCGAAAAGUGAUCGGACCCAAAAGGACCUGAGACUUCGCAAAAAAAAAAAGUUAUCAUAAAAGAGUAAAUAAUUUUGAGUGAAUUCCAAAAAUAGCAGAUACUCUGCACUAUUUUUGUAAAAAAAAAAAAAAGAAUGUUCAUGCAAAAUAACAUAAUCAUCUUUAUAUGUAAUAUAUGUUCAAACACUCCAUGUUCCCCAGAAUUAAUUUAUUCGAUGAAAAUAAUCUAAAGUGUAUGAUUGAAUAAACUUGCGUGACAAGGA